CGCGGCUUCUCACUCUCGACUCAAUCCGAUAGUGCGGUGCCUCUAGCCAUCCGCAGAUUUGAUAGAUUCAUUCGAAUAACUACUACCUACUUCUUCGACGAGAUUGCCCCUUCUUGCGACGGCCUAGUGUAGCAGCUGGACCCUAACGCCGAGCAUUGAUCGACCAUCAACAAAGCCCUUUACAUAUUAGCGACCAUGAGUGCCGCCAACGGUCGACAACCCGAAGUGCAGCCGUGUCGAUACAAAGUCGGCAAGACUUUGGGCGCCGGUUCAUACUCGGUCGUUAAGGAAUGCGUACACAUCGACACCGGUCGCUACUAUGCGGCCAAGGUGAUCAACAAGCGCCUGAUGGCCGGCCGGGAACACAUGGUUCGCAAUGAAAUCGCCGUGCUCAAAAAGGUGUCCAUGGGCCACCAGAACAUCCUGACCCUGGUCGACUACUUCGAGACCAUGAACAACCUCUACCUCGUCACCGACCUCGCCCUCGGCGGCGAGCUCUUCGAUCGCAUCUGCCGCAAAGGCUCCUACUACGAAUCCGACGCCGCCGACCUCAUCCGCGCCACCCUGUCCGCCGUCGCCUACCUGCACGACCACGGCAUCGUCCACCGCGACCUCAAGCCUGAGAACCUCCUUUUCCGCACGCCCGAGGACAAUGCCGACCUGCUGAUCGCCGACUUUGGUCUCAGUCGGAUCAUGGAUGAGGAGCAAUUCCAUGUCCUAACCACCACCUGCGGCACACCCGGCUACAUGGCCCCAGAGAUCUUUAAAAAGACCGGCCACGGCAAACCCGUCGACAUCUGGGCCUUGGGAGUCAUCACCUACUUCCUGCUGUGCGGCUACACCCCCUUCGACCGCGACUCGGACUUUGAGGAGAUGCAGGCCAUCCUCAAUGCCGAUUACUCCUUCACCCCACUCGAGUACUGGCGCGGCGUCUCGGACAACGCCAAGGACUUUAUUCGCAGGUGCUUGACCAUCGACCCGGCCAAGCGCAUGACCGCCCACGAGGCGCUGCAGCAUCCCUUCGUUGCUGGCUGGGCCCGCGGAACCGAUGGUGCGGAGGCCGAUAAGGGCGCUAACCUGCUGCCGACCGUCAAGAAAAACUUUAAUGCGAGAAGGACGCUGCAUGCGGCUAUCGACACAGUACGUGCUAUUAACAAGCUGCGUGAGGGCCAGUUCAUGAACGGCGGAAGGAGCCGUGAGCCCGCGAAGAAAGCGGCAGCGGGUGCGGGUGCGGUGCCCCCAGCAGCAGGAGGUGGAGGAGAAGGCCCAGGAGUGGAUGACGGAUUGGCGGUAGCGCUCGGCUCAACGCUCGGGAAGGAGGCGAGCAUGGUGUCAACGGCGAGCAGCAAUGUCACCAAGGACAGCGGCUACGCGACGCAGCCGGAAGGGGAGGGAGGCUCUAGGGAUGGGGACGAUGUUCUUAUGAAGGAUGCGUCGGUGCCAGCGCCAACAUCAUCAUCGCCAGCGCCGGUGCAUGGGAAUGCACAGACUGCACAGCAUGCGGGAGUGCCAAGUAUCCUACGGCCGGGCAGUAUCGAGAAUAAGGUUGUCGAGACUGGUAAAGGCUUGUGGAAUGGGACUAGUGUUAAGCGAUGAUCACUUUCUGGAAGGUCUUUCGUUAUUGACAAAUGGGGGCUGGUUUUGUUCUAUUGUUAUAAUCUUUUGAGUUCCUUUUUGUGAUCAGCGGGUUCUGUGCUUAUGAGUAUGAAUGUUUUUUCUCGGGAUUUUAUACCAAAGUGAAUAACCGGCGGGCGUUUUGCUUUAUGAAUAUCUGUUACUAGUUUGCUUCAUGGACGGUGGAUUUCCGUUGCUCGCUGAUGAUGACAACGAUGAUGAGAUAUGAUGCCAAGGGCGAUGGAUCUGCCGGCGUGGCGAAAGAGACCGGUGGUUAAUAGCGAGAUAGCAUCUGCUAGCAAUCAGGAGGUUCAUCUUGUUGUAUGUACACUACUGGAAGUCAUCAAAA